AUGCUUGCAGAAGGUGCCCCACGCAUCAGUCUGGCAGGACUUAACCCGUUUGCUCUGAUCGCCUCCGGCACUCUUGAUAUCAUGGACAUCACAGACGCAGAUUUAAAAACUACAGAUUUAAGAUCUGCGUCUCCAGCUCAACGCCCGUUUUCUCAUGCAGGGGAAAAAAAGCUGAGCAUUCCACUUGCUGCGCCUGACCCCACACUAUCAGCUCAGUGGUUGUCGAAGAUCGAGGCAUCGCACGAAGACGAAAACCUGGUUCGGCGCUUUUCAGUCAGCGCUAUCAACUUGGCCAAGGCUCAGAGCAUCGCUCUAGGGCAAUCGAGAAAUAACCCGAGCGAGCAGGAACGAGAGGAUCACCUGGUGUCUCCGCAAGAUAUCAUCUCUGCUCGUAAGCUCGAGGGCGAAAUGAGUCGAUACACGCUUCGACAUGACUCUCCGUAUCGAACCGCGUGGGAUUUGGGGGUUAUCGCCAUUGUUUUGCUUGAUCUCGUCUUCACUCCGCUGUCCCUCGGUUUCAACUACCAAUCGUCAUUUCUUGACUACUACGACACCGCCGAGUCUGUGAUUUUUGUCGUUGAUUUCGUCAUUCGGAUGUUUUCUUCGUACCUCGAUGAACAUGGUAAUCUCAUCUCGGGGCCCAAACAAACGAUAAGGAAUUACUUGGUUAGCGGCUGGGCAUUGCCAGACUUUUUGAGUUGGUUCCCAUUUGAACUCUUCUCGAGUUCAAGCCACAGCAACGUGAUCGGAUUCUUCAAGUUCUUACGUCUAGCUAAAGUGAGUCACCUCGCCCACCGCCUCAACUCCGCCAAAAAGGCGGGUAUUGUGCGCUUCAUAAUGCUGCUCGGGCUGGUGAUAACAAUAUCACAUCUCUUGACCUGUUACUGGAGCUGGGUGGCUGUCGGUUGGCGAGCACAUAUGCAUGAAGGGACUUUUGUGCCGAGGUCGCUGUUUGACGAGUACAGUCUCUGCUGGUCGCUGGUCAUCGGAAGCGUGAAUGCGAGUCCACCAAUAAUGUACUCGGCAGCAGAGUUAAUUUCAGUCGCGUGCUUCAUGCUGGUAGGAAACGUGCUCCAAGCCAGCGUAUUCGGCUCUGUUGCUGCGCUUAUCGCAUCAAUCGACGAGAACGAGGCUGCGUACAGCAAGAAGAUUAUCACGGUAUUGGAGCGCUGUCACUUUUUAGGCAUCCCAGACGAGCUGACUAAGCGAAUUCGAGGAUACUACGACAACUUGUGGCGCGAGACGAAGAGUGUGAGCAGUGACGCGGACUCGUUCAUCGAAGAGUUAUCGCCAGCGCUAAUCUGUGAGGUAAAGUUCCAGCUCUAUCGAGAUAUGCUCAAGCAAAUCCCCUUCUUGUCAUCGAAGACCCUCGCUCCAGCUGUGAUCGAAGUCCUCGUGUUACACUUGCGUACCGUCAUUUACAUGCAAGACGACGUGCUGAUCAGGAAAGGGGAAUUCGGAGACUGGAUGGGCUUUCUGGGCUCAUCAGGAAGUGUUGGUGUGCUCGAUCCCAAUUCCGAGGUGAUCAAGGUGAUACAAAUCCUCCGCAAAGGGGAGUACUUUGGUGAGAUGGCUCUACUUCAGCGCACGAAGCGAGCGGCGACAGCGGUGGCGCUUACGUGGGUCCAAAUCCACGUGCUGUGCCGGCAAGAUCUCGACUACGUUAAAGAGCUCUACCCCACGCAAACCGAGAUUCUCGAAAACGAGAUCGCCAAGUACAAACACAAUCAAAAGUCGGGCUCACAGCGUUCGUUUGGUGUAAAUUAA